CCCGGAGCGCCGGCCCGCUCGCCGCCUGCGCCGCGAUAACAUCCCGCGCCCACCAUCCUUAGUUCAGCAUUCAGUAUCCGCAUACUCCUUCACUAUAACCCGACCUAUUUAAGUCCGAUUUAAGACGGCGAAGUUAUCGUGCUCGCAUUAUAUGCUUACAUUUACCGUACUCUCUGAGAAAUAGUUGCUCGUUGCGAGCUGACAAUUUGGGUCGCCCGGUUCUGUGCUAGCGCUGGGAUAUUUUUAUUGCCACUAUUGGGUGCAGACGCACGAGCGUGAGUCUCGAGCGCGCAGCUAGUUAAAUAAAUUAAAAUUUAAAGAGAAGAUAUUCUCUAGCUCAUUCCUUAAAUAAUUGCGUUUGUUCAUGGAUCCUUAUCCUUUAUCUGUAGUAAUAUAUUCUAUUGAUUAACGCGACCCAUCGAUAAGCUAUGAUAGAAAUUUGAAUGGCACUCCGAUCAGGAAGUGCGAAUCAUUAAAUGUUUUUGCAUAGCUGAAGUGAAAAAUUUUGAGAACUGUAAAUAAGGAUUAUGAUGCAAAGUAAGAGAGGUUUAUGACGCAGUGAAAUAGGAAUGUGAUGAGUGAAUAGUGUAUACCUUUGGCAUUUAGUUGUUAACGUAGACAUUUUGUGAAGUGCAUUUCUUGGUAGUGACAUUGUGAGGAUGCAUCAUUUGUAUCCGUUGGCUAAAGGGGAUCCACUGUGCCCGCUGGGUUUCCACCCACAGGUGCGGUGGCCCACGCGUUGCAAACGCUGCUUCCGUGACUACAAGGAACACGGCGGCGUGCGCAAAAAGGAAGACGAUUUCACUGCGUCCACUCCUAGUCUGUCUUCUUGGAACUCGCCUGCAUCACGAAAUCGUGAUGAGAAUGGCGCAGAAGUGGAGAAGACGGGCCGAGGUUGGGCUUCCAGCACAAACCUCACCACAGACGCUACCAAGAAAGACGCCUUCUCCACGGGGUUCACCAGAACUAGCGCAUCGUGGACGUCGACGCCAGACUUGGGAGCUAACGAUCCCGACUCUACGACCGCCGUCACCAUCAGCCUUAAGCUGCCCAAAAGGAGGCUCACCGGUCCGCUGCCAUCGCUCGAUACCGGCCAGAGUCAGAACACUACAACGUCUGACACGGUAACGUUGCGACGACCGUCUCCAUCGCCCCCGCCCACCAGUGCAGCUAUCGUUAUAUCUAAAAACGAUUCGCUAGCGGAACGCGUGCGCAAGAUGAAUAUAUUGAAAAGUCAAAACAGUUUUGAAAAAGAAUCUAGCAUAGAAAAAGAAAGAGAUAAACGAAGUUUAUCUAGAAGUAGAGAAGAAAAAAGUAGAGAAGAAGAAAAGCAAUCAAGACUUAAAGAAGAUCGGUCAGCUAAAGAAGAUAUAAAUUUUAUGAUGCAGGUGAAGAGUUCUCGAAACGCAUCAUCAAACUCCAAACCACCUAUGAGAGGGGGUCCAGCAAAAGAAAAAGAAGAGUCUGAUGAUGAUGCAAGUACAGCAGGCACUGUUACCACGGAAACUACUCUCGUUGACGCUAACGUCAAGGAUUAUCAGGACCAAAUUGAAAGUUUAAAACAAGAACUAGAUAUAUUAAAAAAGCGCUGCGAACGCGUAGAAAAAGAGAAAAGCGAUAUCCUACUACGGCGAUUAGCAAAUAUUGACACCGCCAACAAGUACACCACUGGUCGUUCAUCAGAGGUUCUCAAACUACAACAGAAGGUCAACGAGCUCACCGCAUUGAAUGAAGAUCUUAGGGACGAAAAGAAACAUCUAACAUUGAAAGUGAAAGAAAUUGAAUGUGAACUCGAUGCUAGGCCGUCAGCGGAAGCACAAGCGCGGCAAAUCGAGCAGUUGCGAGCGAAACUGUUAGCUGCUGAGACGUUAUGCGAAGAGCUCAUGGACGAGAACGAAGACAUGAAGAAGGAGCUGCGCGAUCUUGAAGAGGAAAUCGAGGAGAUGCACGACAACUUCAGGGAAGAUCAAGCGGACGAAUAUUCAUCUCUCCGAAGAGAAUUAGAACAAACAAUAAAGAAUUGCCGUGUGUUGUCAUUCAAGUUGAAAAAGACUGAGAGGAGGGCGGAACAACUAGAACAAGAGAAAGCUGAUCAGGAGAAGAAACUUUUGGAGAUAGUUGGAGGUCAGGAAGGUCUAUCACGCGAGAAUCGAAUCAAGGAAUUAGAACAAGAGGUAGCUCGUUCGACGGAAGUAGCUCUACGGUUGCAGCGCGAACUAGCAGAUGCCAAUACUAAACUCGCAGCGGCCUCAGGAGCUGCGCCAGCAAACGUCAAGAAAAACACUCCGCUACCUGAUGGCCAAAAAGUAUCUCGAUCAUCACUGACGCGCGGAGGAAGUCAAGAGGACCCAGCUCAAUUGCUGCGUGAUCUACAAGACUCGCUAGAACGUGAGGCAGACCUGCGCGAACAACUUCGUAAUGCGGAGGAAGAGGCAAGUCGUUAUCGGCAACGCUUCGGAGGCAAACGGAUACCGCCACCACCAAAACCUCCUCCAUUUCAUCCUGAUCUCAUUCCAUCCCAAGUCCCAGCUGAUAAAAACAUCGAAAAACAACUCGAAGAACAUACAAAACGUCGCAUUCUCGAGAUGCAAAUGACGCUAGAAAAAAAGAUAUCGUCUCUGGAUAUAAGCAAUAUAUUGAUCGGUGUCAAUCAAGCGAUGCAGUCACCACAAGAUUUAGUGCUAAACUAUUCUCAAGGGUCUCAAACUGAUCUUGUAAUGACGCAUGAUGUAGCGAUAGAUACAAGGAAAAUAACAUUAGACUCCACAAUACAGUGCGAUAAUAAUACAAUAGAUAUGUUCACACAGACUGAAACAGCUUUUUCGAAAAAUAAAAAUGUACAAACUGCUUUCAUUAAGAUCAACAAUUAUUGUCAAACUGAUAAACACAAAACAAGAAAUAGUGAGAUACAGACGGCAAAUAUUAUAUUAGUGGAUAGUUGGCAACAAACAUUUAAAACUAAAGAAUAUGCUGAUAUCAGCACGCAGGCUGAAAUAAUCAUGUAUAAUCAAGAAACUACAGCAGAUGCUUCAGAAAUAUAUGAAAUGAAUAACAUAAAAUUGUUAGAUGAUGUAAAUAAUACAAACUCAAAACGAAACAAAAGCUCAAAAAGUGAUAGUCCACCACUUACACCCGACGACAAAGCAGCUGCUGGUCCUUCAACACCUUUCACCUUCCCAUUUUCAUUAUUCAACCCUUUGGCGGUUAGAUUACCAAUUAUAGGUCGCAAAUUAUCUCCAACACCGCCUACAAACAGACUUGCAAUUGAAGCGCCGAACGAAAAAGAUGAAGGUAUCUCUGAUGAGGAAGAUCCAGCGGAACUACGACUUCUUCUUGAACUCAAUGAACAGGAAGCAGCAGUGUUACGACGAAAGGUAGAAGAUUUAGAGCAAGAUAAGGAAUCUUUAAAAAAACAAGUGAAAGAACUAACGGAAAAAAUUACCACAAAUAAUAAAUCGGUAACUGCUCCCAUAACAGUUAGGAAAAACACGGCGAAAAGCAAUAAUUUAUCAGAAGAAAAAAUUAAGGUACUGGAGGAUGAGAUAGCUGAAUUAAGGAAAAAAUUAAUUGAAAAGGAAAGAGAUUGUGAAAGGUUGCAUGCUGAAUUGAGUUUAGCACAAAAGAAGUCAAAAGGAUCACUUAUAAAAAGCAAGUCACUAGAUGGCGCAAGUGAACAACAAAACGUAGAUUUAAAACGACAACUCCAAGUUAUUGAACAAGAAGCAAGUGUAUUACGAGCAAAAACACAAAGUCUUGAAGCUGAUAAUGAAAAACUUCAAGCUGAAAACAAGAAAUUACAGCUAUUGAAGAAUACUAAAACCUUAAGGACAGACAAGACGGUCGAACACAAUGCAAAUAAAAUACUGCAAUUAGAAAAUGAAUUGAAAGAAGCAACAACUAAAAUUAAAGAGUUAGAAAAUAACAAAGAAAAGGAAGAAAAAUCCGAAAAGAAAGUAAGAUUUGGAGAAUUUACUAAAAAGGAUACCGACGCUCUCAAAGCAAAACAAGACGAAUUGGAUAAAUUAAAAAUUAAUUUGAAUAAGCUAGAAAAAGAAAAUGCAAAACUACAGGCAACGUUAAAGGCAUUAAAAGAAGACGCAAUGAAAUCCUUCAAACCACGCUCGGCUAAAAAACUUACUGAUCUCACAACAAAACUUCAAAUGAAAAAAAUGGUGGAGGACCUUGAAAGCGAAAUAGGAGAAUUGUAUGUUAUCAUGAAAAAUGCUGGUCUCUCUUCCAAUGAAAUAAACGCAAAAGUUCAACGAGAAAAAGAUAUUGAAGAUAUUAGGUUAAAGUUAUCAAAGAAUGAGUCAGAAUAUAUAAAUGAAAAGAACCGAUUACAAACUGAAAUAGCCAAACUAAAGGAUCUCAACACUAAGAUAGAUAAUGAUAAAGCAGAGCUUCUAGUUAAAUGUAAAACAUUAGAGACUGAAAAAGACAAAGUAUCUGGUGAAUUAAAAUCAUUUAAAGAUAAGAAUAUUAAUCUAGAGGCUCAAAUUACUAAAUUGAAUAACGAAAUAAGUAACUCUACCUCUCAACAAACAGCAAUGUCUGAUUGUAUGAAGAAGAUUGAGAACCUCAAAAAGGAUAUGGACUUUAAAGAUAAAGAGAUAGACAAAUUAAAAAAACAAAUAGAAAAUGUCAGUAAAUUAGAACAAGAUAAGAAUAAAUUGCUCAAAGAGGUUGGAGAUAAAACAAAGAAAAUUACAGAAUUGGAAAAGAAGUUGAAAGAAUCCGAUGAAAAAUGUAAACGUUUAGAAAAACAGCUAACUACACGCAAAGACCGUGUCGCCAAAUUAGAGAAAGAGGAGGAUGCUCUAAGAGAAACUUCGAAUCAGAAAUACGAUGAAGCGAUAUCAUCUGUGGAAAUGGCACAAAUGAAAGAUAAACUUGAGGUCACACGGAGAGAUCUCGAAGAUAAAGAAAGCGAACUUGUUACAGCUAAACAAGCGCUCGAUAAGACUGAAAAAGAAUUAACCGCACUGCAAUCAGAAAAGUCUCAACUUAAAUCAGAAGUAACUAAAUUUGAAAAUGAAAGAAGAGAAUUAGAGAACAAAUUACAAGCGGAGAAAAAAGAAUCAGGCUACUGGGAAAGCAAAGCUUCGGAAUUAGAGACUGACUUACAGGCAGAACGUAAAAAGUUGGAACGUAUGCGUAUUGCUCACGAUAAGGAUAUCAAGAAUAAGGAAGCAGAAUUAGCAACACUAAAAGGCAAACUCAAAGUUCUUGAACAAACAUCUGGUGCAGGUGUUAAAAGAAUUGCUGAUCUCAAACAGGAAUAUGAAGAAAGUGUAAAAAAAUUGCAACAUUCGCUAGCUGUAGAAAAAGCCGAAUACGAAGAAUUAACGGGUAAAUACGAAAUUUUAGAAGAGGAGCACGUAGUAACUAAAGCAAGACUUACCGUAGAGAAGGAACAAGCUCAAGGAGAAUUAAUGCAUGUCAAAAAGGAAUUAAACAGUGCAUUAUCAGAAAUGAAAGCUCUACAAGAAACUCAUGAAUCUCAGUCCACGACUUGGAAUAAAGAAAAGACUGAACUUCAGAAAGAGAUUUCGUCGCUACAAGAAAGACUUUGUGGGGGUGGAUGGGAGGUAGAGAAGGCGCGGUUGACGGCACGUCUGGAACAACGCGAACGCGAACUGCGCGCCGCCACUGACCAACGCGACGUGCUAACCCAUCAUCACGAGCAAGCAAAAAAAGAGCUGGAAGAAUUAAAAAAGAAGCUAGAAGACUACGAGAAAGUGGCCAAAGUGCAAAGAAAUUUGACAUCAGAGAACGCGGAAUUGGAACGUGAGGUGUCUGCUCUAAACGCGCGCCUCGAACACGCAGAAAAAUCUAGGAAGGCUGAAAUCACAGAUACUAAGAUGAGAUACGACAGUCAACUGAAUACUAUGAGGGAUGAGCUCAAGUCUUUGCACAACCAGGUUUCUAGAUUCAGACGUGAAAGGGACAACUACAAACAAAUGUUGGACGCCGCUCAGAAAACAAUGGCGUCUAUGAAGACUGCUGACAAAUCUAACAGGACACCAAGAUCAUCAAUUUCAAGCACAGAUGAGGAGGAAUACCGCAACAAAUUAGCAACCUUGGAACAGCAAAAUGCGUGCCUUGAAGACGAACUGUGUGAGGCGCGCUUGCUCGCAUCCAAACUCAAGACCGAAUUAGUAAGCGAGAAGUCUACCUCCGAGGUCCGCAUAGCUGAGAUGCAAUCACGACUCAACGAGUAUGAAGAAGAGCGACUUCUCUCCUCGGGAAGAGCGCGAGUAGCUGGCCUUGCUACUCGCAUGGAAUUAGCUUGGCACAAAGAACGCGACGAGCAGCAGCGACUACUACAAGAAACAUCAACGCUCGCGCGCGACUUACGUCAGACUCUUUAUGAGGUGGAGCGUGAAAGGGACAAAGAGAGAUUAGAUAUGAAGAGGCGAAUAGAACAACUUAAGAGAACAACUGAGGAGGAAACUGAAGAAGCUAAGAAAAAGGUGACAGAGCUGCAAUGUGACCUUUUGGAACUGCGAGAUGCCCACGCUAAACUACGUACAGCCAAUGAGAAAUUACGUCGUGACAAGGACCGGAAUGAUCGCGAUCGCGACCAGAACAAAUUACUGGUCGGAUCGCUUAAAAGAGCACAACAGGAAGACGAUAGAAUCAUCACUCAGCUAUUAGAGACUAUAGAAGAUCUCAUGAAGCAGAGUCCAGAAAUUUUCCGCAGUGAGCCCAGCGUCAAGCCAGAAAAGAGUUUACUCACACCAACACCACCCAGAAGAAAUAGAUCAUCGAAAUCUCGAUCGAGAUCCGCUACUCCGGAAGGCGGAGAGAAUGCUGCGAACGCGGCGGCGACAGCGGCUCGUCUACGGCGUCUUACAGAUGAACUGCGAGCUUCGCGUAUAGCUGAACGAGCAAGACGACAUAACGCUACUACAGCCAGACGAGCAAUGUCUACGGAGCCUCGUGACACACUGUCAGUGACAACAACCUCUAGGACACCUUCACGGGCGCCUUCACUAAAGAAGCGAUCUGUGUCUUUAGAACAGACAACAAAGGAACAGAAUGUAAUAUGGAAGUCUGUUGAAGACACGAGUGUUUCGUCGAUGCAAUCUUUGGACGGAGACAUAGACUCCCGUCUUUUCACGAUGCAACGUGACACAAGCAUGGACAGUCGACUGUCAGGAGGAUCAACACAGAGCGAUGUGUUACCAGCAGAUAAAAAGAAGAAAAAGAGCAUUUUCGGUAAACUAAAGAAAUUGACGAAAUCGCGUUCAAUUGACGACCAAGUUGACCCUGAAGUUGUUGAAUUUCGACCAAUUGGUGCUAUAUCACAGGGUUCGGAUUCUGAUAUGAGUGCAGCUGGCAGCAAAAGAGAUCUGCGCGGUCGUCUGUCCGACAUGUUUAGUAGAAAAGGAGCCGCGUCACGUGGCAAUAGUAAAGAGAAAAGUCCAGAGCGGCCCGCAAGCGCGAUGGGUAAUGUGGGAUCGCCAUCGUCUCUACGUAACGCCAGUUCCGCUACAUUUCCACGAUCACCGUCCUCUCAGAAUUCAAGAGCGUCAAGCGCCACCCCAGCAGCUAAGAGGAAAGGGAAAUAACUAAUAAUAUCGUAUUUCGCUUCAUUAUAAGUGUAUUCAUCCAUUUUCCUAAGAAUUUUCCACAUAGCUUGUAAUAUCACAAUACAUAUCAAUUUUCUGUAUAACUAUCGACGACACGAUAUAUUUGACAAAAUCGCUCACUUACACAUUUACCAUUUUUAUAACUUAAUAUUUAUCUGAAAAAUAAAAUAGUAAAAAUCAUCACUAGCAUCGAUACUCUGUAUGCAAAAGAGAAUAGUUAUGUAUUCCGAUAAUCUUUCUAUGCGAUAAACUAAUAAUAUAAAUUGCUAUAGUAUCUUUAAUAUCAUUUCAAUAAGUAGAUUCCACCCAUUGAUUGUUUCGUAUACUAUUAAUCCAUUAAAAAAAUGUUGCAAGUGUACUAGUCAAAUAAUAUUAGAUAAUCAGAUCAUUGAAAUAGGCUAGCUAAACACAAACUACAAGUCGAUAGUUAUGCAAGGCUAGUUUUUUUUACAUUAGUCACAAUAUAUUUGUACAGUGACAACCUAAGUAUUUCUAACUCCUACUUCCCUCCCUUAGUAAAACAUCGCAUAGAUUCCGACAUAGCACUCGGAUAUCAAAAGCAAUGUUUAUACUUACGUACUUUUAAUUUUAUAAUAAACUGUUGAACGAU